GAGGCUUCCCUACACCCCGGCUUUGCCCUUACUCCCAAGUCGACUUUGUCCCUUAUGUCACGACGAGCCCACUCUCUUGUAACUGUACGGGUACUGACAUAGUCGUUAAUACAUCCAAGUAAAGAACCUAACAACUGGCGACGAGGAUUUAAGAUAAGAAACCACGUGUUGGUAGUGAAGGAGUGACUUUACGUAAGUGUUAUAAGUUAUCAUUCUGGUUAUUUAUGUUGGUUAUUUGCGGUUAUGAACCGUGGUAAAUCAAGAGGUAGAGGUAGACUGGUGGAAUCCCAAAUUGGACAAGAGCAAGAUAUAGAGAGUCAACAAGAAGAAGAGGGAAGUAUCCCUUUUGUGACAGACAGCAUUCAAGAGCAGACAGCAAGAUCCACAGAAGAAGCAGUGGCCGAUCCUGUAAUUCCACCACCAAUGGCGACUAACGUGAUUGGAACAUUGGAGCCGUUCAACACUGAGACGGGCAAGUGGCAGGUAUACGAAAAAAGACUUCAACAGUUCUUUAUUGUUAACAGUAUUACCGAAGAUGUCAAGAAGAAGGCUUAUUUGUUGACUGUGCUGGGAGCCGAAAUUUGUGAUUUGAUAUGGGAUUUAUUUAGUCCCACAGACCCCACGGCUGCAACGGUAACACAUGAUAUGAUUUGUACAAAGUUAAGAGAGCAUUUUGUUCCUACAAAGGUGGAGAUUGCAGAGCGUUUUCGUUUUUUUCAACAUAAGCAAAAACCAGAAGAAACCAUAGCAAGUUUUAUGGCAUCGCUACGAAACCUCGCCAAGGAUUGUUCUUUUGGAGACUUUCUUAAUUCAGCCUUAAGAGAUGCUUUCGUGAUAGGCCUGCAAGAUCAACGGAUUCAAACGAAGCUGUUGGCCGAAUCGGCCUUGACGUUGGACUCUGCAUUCAAGAUGGCUGUCAGCAUGGAAUCCGCAACCCAGCAAGCCAAACAACUUAGACAAGAAGAACCAAUCAACGUUUUAAGAACUCGUACUACGGGAUGCUGGAGGUGUGGUGAACCUCAUAAUCCGGCAGGGUGUUAUUUCAAAACGCAAGAGUGUUUCUACUGCAAGAAAGAAGGACACCGGGCAGCUUGCUGCCCAGAGAAGCAAAAGAAGAAAAGUCGAGAGUCAGAAAAGUCCAGAGAAGAAAAGGCAGCAAUCCCCAAGAAGAAAGACAGCACAAAGAAAAAUCGAUUAAACUUUGCAGAUAAUACCGAAGACGCCGAGGGAUUGGAAGAUUUUGAUCCUGACACAGAUUUUAAUUUUUUCUAUCUGCCAGAUCCGAACAGGUCCACAAAACCGUUGGUGACAACUCUGGAUAUAGAUGGAAGAAAGGUGACCAUGGAGAUAGACACGGGAGCCGGCUUCACCAUAUUUUCAGAAAAGGAAUGGAGAAACCAUGGUAGCCCGAAAUUGGAAGACACGCAGGUGCGUUUACGGACAUACACUGGCCAACCAGUGGACAUAAAAGGAAAAUUCGUGGCAGAAGUAUCGGUACAGGAACAGAGUAAACAGCUACCAAUCCUUGUCGCCGGAGGCAAUGGGCCACCACUGUGUGGCAGAAACUGGCUUCGCGCGAUGAGACUCGAUUGGAACCAAAUACUGCAGCUGACUAACCAUCCUAGUACCAUACCACGUUCUAAUAUGUUACCUGACUGUUUCCAAAAGAAAUUUACAGAUUUGUUUUCAACAAAGCUUGGAAAAAUUCGAGGACCGCCAGUGCAUCUAGAUCUUAAGGCGGAAGCAGUGCCUAGAUUUCAUCGGGCUCGCCCCAUUCCUUACGCCUUAAGAGCCAAGGUUAAGGCAGCACUGAUCAAGCUGACUGAAGCAAAAGUAUUGAAAAGAGUCCGCCAUAGCAACUGGGGAGCUCCCAUUGUAGUCGUGCCUAAAGCAAAUGGUGACAUAAGAGUGUGCGGAGACUACAAGGCCUACAACCAGUUGGAGUUGGAUGAAUUUUCGCAAGAACUGUGUACAAUCAACACACCUGAAGGCCUGUUCCAGUACACCCGAAUGCCGUUUGGCAUUGCUUCCGCACCAGGAAAAUUUCAACGAGUGAUGGACGAUCUAUUUCAAGACACGCCAUGGGUAAAGUGCUAUUUAGAUGACAUCCUAAUUGCCGGCCGCACAGAAAAAGAACAUUGGACGCGAGUGGAGAUAGUAUUGCAGAAACUACAAGAAGCAGGGGUUCGGCUUCAACUGGAAAAGUGCAGUUUUGGAGUGCCGGAGAUACCCUAUUUAGGAUUCAUUGUAUCCAAGGACGGACUUAAAACAUCACCAGAAAAGAUCAAAGCUGUGCAAGACUCCGAAAAGCCUCAUAACCUUACUUCUCUGCGGGCAUAUUUAGGAUUGGUCAACUAUUAUGGAAAGUUCAUCCCGAAAUUGGCUCAUGUGUCAGCCCCGUUAAACGAGCUGUUAAAGAAGGAGAAGCCUUGGAGAUGGGAGACGGAACAGCAAGACGCCUGGCUGGAAAUCAAACAGCUGUUAAGCUCAGCAGAAGUAUUAUGCAACUACAACCCGAAAUGGAUUCUGAAACUAGCCUGCGAUGCAUCACCUUUUGGAGUCGCAGCGGUAUUGUCUCACAUCUUACCAGACGGAUCCGAACGACCUAUUUCGUACGCCUCCAAGAGCUUAUCAGCAUCUGAAAAAAAUUAUUCUCAGCUGGACAAAGAAGCGUUGUCUAUUAUCUUCGGUGUUAAAAGAUUUCACUCGUAUUUAUAUGGGCGCAAAUUUACUUUAAUUACUGACCACAAGCCUCUACUAGCCAUUUUAGGUCCAAAGAAAGGAAUUCCACCACCGGCUGCUGCUAGGAUGCAACGUUGGGCGCUCAUAUUGGCCGCAUACUCCUACGAAUUGGAGUUUCGAAAAACCACCGAGCAUGGAAACGCAGAUGCAUUAUCCCGGUUUCCCUUAGAAGAUCCAUCGGAAACAGUGGGACAGCUACCAGAAUUAAGUCAUUCCCGGCCGGAGCUGUUUGGAACAGCAUUGGUAACCAAGGACGUACGGGAAUCCACCAACUUUGAUCCAGUACUACAGGAGGUGUCCACCAGAUUACGAGACGGAUGGCGAUUUUCGGAUAAAGUCUCUUCAACAUUAGCCACCUUCUAUAGGAAAAGAACGGAAUUAUCCAUCAAGGAUGGGCUGAUCUUAUGGGGAAACAGAGUGGUCAUCCCAAAAACACUGCAGCCGCAGGUGCUAUCACUAUUACAUGAAGCGCAUGCAGGGAUCGUGAGAAUGAAGGCUGUAGCAAGAAGUUUUGUAUGGUGGCCAGGAUUAGACAGUCAGCUGACAGAAAUGGCCACGUCAUGUUUACCUUGCCUUCAAACCAGAAAUAAUCCGAAGAGAAGAAAAGAAGCUGCAUGGCCAGUUCCCGAUCAGCCAUGGUCACGCCUCCAUGUGGAUUUUGCAGGUCCGUUGCCGAGUGGUCAAUAUCUUUUUGUGUUAAUGGAUGCCACUUCCAAAUGGCCAGAGAUUUUCCGGUUAAAUAGGAUUACCUCGGAUACUACAAUAUCGACACUUAAAACUAUUUUUGCCCGUUUUGGACUCCCCAGCGAAUUGGUAUCAGACAACGGACCACAGUUUACAUCGGAAGAAUUCAAACGUUUCAUGUUAGUAAACGGUAUUGUUCAUCAUAGAGGAGCACCAUAUCACCCUCAGACGAACGGACUGGCAGAACGGGCGGUUCAGUCGGUGAAAAAGGCCUUACACAAGAUGAGAGAUCAGCCCGGAACAUUCGACGACAAACUCCAGCGCUUUUUGACCUCUUACCGAAACACACCGCAUAAAUCUACUGGAAAAACUCCUGCGGAAGUACUAUUGGGUAGACAAAAUCGUGGAAAAUUUGAUUUGUUUCAGCCAACCGUCCUAAAGAAAAAGGAGAAGAUCGAAGCGGAGUUCCAGGCAGGAGAGAAGGUGAUGGUGAGGGAUUUCCGUCCCGGAAAGAAUAAAUGGCUGGAAGGAGUAGUUAACCAUCGUAUCGGAAGUUUUUUGUAUGAAGUACAGAUUGGAAAUCAAAUCAUGAAGCGUCAUUGCAGCCAAUUACUGCCGAGAGGAAGAACCGAACCGGAAGAAACAGGUCACGUGAUGCUACCCCAAGUGGAGUCGGAAUCGAGAGAUCAACUUGUGGUGACAACCGGAAUCGCGACGGAGAAUCAACCACCAAUGGCCUCCCCUACACCAAGCCAAGCGACGGCGGGACCAAAGGAUCUGCCUGCAGUUCCAACCGAAGCAGAAGUUAUGGAGAAACAACCGGCAGUUUUGUCACCCCCACCGCGACGUUCAACUAGAGCAUGCAAAUUACCCAACUAUCUAAAUGACUAUGUGUUGAAAAAUCAUUAUUUUCAUCUGAGAAGUCGUAACAGAGCUGAUUCGCCUGUAAAGGAAACCAUUCAACCUAGGAGACGCUUUUCGGCUGGAACAAUAAGGGCACCUCCAAUUGCAGCAGAGAUUAGUGCUCCUUCUUCAGUGGAUGAUUCUUCUUUUGAGCCUGAUUUUCCAACUACAGCUUCUGGAGCUCUUGCAGUCGUGGCUUCUAUAGAGCCUGAUUUUGUUCCUCCCGUUGAAAAGUCUGAACAACUACUGCCAAACCUUGUAUUAGCUACCGGUCGUCCACGUCUGGCUACUAAGGAAUUCGCUCACGAAGAAUCUGAAUUCUCCGACAGCGGCUCUCGCGCUGGUGCCGAAACAACUCAGCAGGAUGGGGAAGAGGAAGCAGCCACUGACGAAGCUUUCGGUAAAAAAUCUAUUAGGCAAAUGGCAGUCAGAUCAGUUUGGAAUGACUGA